AUGCCAGGACGGUUUGUGAGCAAAGAAGUACAAAGAGGUUUCCGUUUGACUAGAAAAGAGAGAGAACAUUGGCUGAUAAGAAGAGUUUUGGCCAGUAGAGUCCGAUCUCGUCCAGAACCAAAUCUUCCAAUUCCUUCCACUUCUGAAACUUCUGAAGCUACUACUCAUUCUGUUGCUAACAACAAUGAACAAUAUGAAUUUCACAUCCGUGAUGAAGGUAGAGAUCUUCGUAGACGUAUUGUUGAUGUUUCUGCUCUCUUUUCCUUCGCCGGAGAACACAUCACGUCUCCUUUGAAAUAUGUUGAAGCAUAUUUUAAUUACGGAAGUGAUAUUAUUGGUAAUUUAAGUGCUGAUCAAGAUAUUGCUCCAGCUGUGGCUAUGGCUGAUCUUGGUGUUGUUGUCCAACAAGUAGAAGACCAUACCUUGGAAGGCUAUCUUCCAGAAGCCAACCUUCUACUCGAAACACCUUAUCUACAUCGAUACGGAGUCGUAUGGCAACCUCCUACUGAAGAAGAAAUCCUUGCAAAGGCCAAAACUCUCUCCAGAAGUAGAAUUUGCAUGCUCACUUCUCAAGAAUUGAUGAGAGAAUUAAGCUUUGAUGAAUUUCAUAAUGAUGAUAAUGAUGAUCAUGCUCAUGUUGAGGGUAAUUUUCUCUUCCCUGAUGAUUACAAGAAGAUUGUUUUCAAUGGUUGGGAAUUUUGUUAUGGUUAUUGUUGGAUGCAAGAGUUUGAACUUUCCGAGCACACUGUUAGAAUUAUGAAAAUGUUGAAGGCAAAUAUGCUUGUGUAG